AUGUUUGAAAAAUUUGGCAAAACGGCCCAUGAUCAUUUACACGAACAAGGAAAAUCAAAAGAGGAUGGGCUUCUUUUUUUGUUUUUGGGCCCUUCAUCUCCUUCUUCAUCUUCGGCUUCGUUCUUCUUCUUGCCCUCGGUCGAAGAGGAUGAAGCAGAACACGACGAGACGGCAGUGGCCGGAGCAUUCGCCACGUCAGAAUAUUCCGGCGGCGGCGGCGCCGCGUCAUCGGCCAUCGUGGGUCCUCCGGCCGUGAUGUUCCGGAGAAGGUCUUCGAAAACGGAAGACGAUGAGCCGCCCAACAUGUCCAAGAAUCCGAGCCGGGUCUCGGGGACUUGGGGAAUAAUCGGCGGCGGCGGCGGCGGCGGCCGGCCGGGGCGGAGGUGGAUAUUCCGGCAAGGUGGGGUCGGCCCAUCUUUGUCCUCCUCCAUGGGUUGUGAUGAUGAAUAA